AUGAUCCACCGAAUACUAGGAAACAUUUUUCUCCUGUCCAUAGAAGAUGUGGAUGGAUCUGUGGAUCUUCAGAAGGAGUACGGAAUCACUCACGUAGUUUCCGUGUUGGAAGGUUCCGUUCCACAGGUUCUCAAAGAGAAGUACCAGCAUCUCCAAAUAGAGGUCCAGGAUUUGGAAACCUCCAAUUUGCUCGAGCAUUUCAACACAACGAACGAGUUUAUUGACCUGGCUUUAGUCCAAAGUACGGAAGAAGGCGACCAAAAGAAACACCAUGGCGCCGUUCUCGUACAUUGUGCUCAGGGCGUCUCCAGAUCAGUAGCAGUGGUGAUGGCAUACUUGAUGUACAAGUAUAAGUUAAAAAUUCCACAAGCAUUACACGCCGUUAAAAGGCGAUCCGAGUCUGCUCAGCCUAACGAAGGCUUCAUGAAGCAGCUUGAGUUGUUCCAAGAAAUGGCAUACAGCGUCGAUAAGCUGUCUAGCGCAUACAGACAGUUUCUUGUUGAGCUGAGCUUACAAGACGAUCCUAGUGGACAAUCUCUUGCAUCAUCUGAGAUAUUCAGCAGCAAUGACAGUAAAGAAAGAGCACCCGGCUCGUACCAUCUCAGGUGUAAGCGAUGCAGAAAAGUGCUUGCAAACCAGGGCGACAUUGAGACUCAUGAGAUGCCAGGCACCGAAUCCAGACAAUCACAGUUUAUUAAGACCGCUCCAAAUUCUCGGAGAAUUGUUGCAGUGGCAGACGCAUCCAAGACUUGUUCCCAUUACUUCCUAGAUGAGCCAGUGGACUGGAUGCGUGCCGAAUUGGAGAAACAGGAUAUCGAGGGGAAUUGGUGGUUACAGUUGGAAGGGUUCUAG